AUGACCCGAAUAGCAAUAGUCGGAACUGGACCUUCCGGCUUGUACUUGGGGAAGUAUCUGAGUAACCUAGUCAAGGGCUCAAAAAUCGACUUUUUUGAAAAAUCUCAGAGGCUUUUUGGCCUGUUCAGGUACGGGAUUGCGCCAGACAAGCCUUCCAUCCGUUCCAGCUGUUUUUCGCUGAUCAACAGCAGAUACAGGUUUUUUACAGGCUUAGAAGUGGGAAAUCAGCUGAAACUUGAACAAUUGCUGGAAUUCUAUAAAUUUAUCUUCCUUUGCUGCGGAGCCGAAAAGUCGAGGCUCCUGAGAGUGAGAAACGAGCAGUGCGGAGUGUUCGACGGCCUGGAUCUGAUAAAGUACUACAAUCACAAGGACGAUCAGAGUUACCGGGGCGAAUUGCCGAGUGACUUGAAGAUAUACGAAGUAGAUAGCAGGAACGCCAGUGUCGAGGGCGUGACAAGCUGCAAGAACGAAGAAACAAAAAGUAGCAGAGUAGAAGAGUACUUGAGUCAUUUGACGCAGCUCAAGGAGGUUGAAAUAGGGAUUAUCGGGAACGGAAACGUGGCCCUAGAUAUCGUAAGAGCAUUUAGCGGCAACUGGGAUAGACUGAGCAGCUACGAGGAAAGGAGCGACCAGAGGAGUCAGAUAAACCCGAGGUUUUUGCAUCUUCUGAAAAGACUGAGCCUGAAGAGGAUAACGCUCUUCGGAAGAAGUUCGCUGAUAGACUCCAAGUUCACGAACGGGGAGCUGAGAGAGUUGCUGAGCAUAAAGAGUAACUCAUACAAGGUUGAGAGCAUUGACGAGAGCGCAGUGAGCUCCGUUAGCACUGGUAACGAGCUAAGUAGUGGUGGCACGAGCAGGCAGCUCAGACGCAAGUUGGAGUUGUUUGAAGCAUUGGCAAGCUUGGAAGACGCGGGAGAGAGGAGAGUGGAAGUUGAUUUCAAGUUUAACUCGAGAGUAGUUGAGACAGUCAACGACGCAUCGGGGAACGUUGAGCAGGUGCGAUUCGUCGGUGCCAGCAGAGUCACGAACAGCGGAAUCGGCGGUGGCAACUGCGAAGAAGAGGGGGAGAACAGGCGCUGCAAUUUGCUAGUAAAGUGCGUAGGCUACGAGCCGAGUGACCUGAGUAAACAGUUGCUGAGGCAGGUGGACAACAGGAGAGUCUUUGCCAACGGGUGGCUGACGUCGGGAGGCAGAGGAGACUUGAAUCACACGAUCAGCAGGUCAGUGGACUUGGCACGAUACGUAAGCGGCCUCUUAACGAGUACGCUUGAGAGCGCGCCAGAUAGUGACAGCGCCACAGCAGGUGCUGGUUCAAGAGUCAGGGGAGACAGGGGAGUUGCAAUUGGCAACACUUUGGAGGACAGAGAUAUAUUGAGUUACCUGCAGUCGAAGUACACGGUAAGGGCACGUUAG